UAAGACAUCAUUUACCUCGAAAGAAACAGACAGAAACAGGGAAUCCUGCAGCAAUACCCAAUUUUCAAAGCUGAACAAUCAUCACCUGGACGUCCUCACUGAGCCUUGACGCCAAAAGAAUAACCAUUUUGUAGCCUUUCAAGAUGAAAGGAGAACAAGGAUCAACUCUGAAACAAUCUGAUGGGAAAUCGGUAGUGAUGGACUUGAUUCAGUUUAAGGAACUGGAUGCCCAUGCGUUGAAGGUGAAUUUCAAGGAUAGUGUGGAAAACCUGGUGAGUGUCUUGCACGAGAAAGCCCACAGUGACCUGGAGAAAGUGCGAGCCAUUUGGAUGUGGAUUUGCCAUCAUAUUGAAUAUGAUGUGGAAGGCUACCGUAACAUGGAUAAGGCGAUUUAUAAGCCAGCCAAUGUCCUUCAGUCAGGAAAGGCUAUUUGUAGUGGGUAUGCUCGACUCUUUGAAGAAAUGUGCAGAGUUGCAGGGAUACAAUGCAAAUAUUUGGUAGGCAGCUGCAGAAAUGACGACUUUAAAGGGAAGAGCCGCCAUGCCUGGAAUGCUGUUUAUCUUGAUGGAAAGUGGCAUCUUCUAGACUGCACAUGGGCAAGCGGUUAUGUGGAUGACUCCUAUAGCAAGUUCACGUUCAGCUAUAAGGAGUUUUAUUUCCUCACCAGUCCUGCUCUGUUUAGGAAGAAUCACGUCCCUGAUGAGGAUGAGUGGCAGCUGCUGAAGCAGAAAUUGACACCUGAAGCAGCUUGAAUAUAAUACACCUAGUAUGUAAUUUGAUGUCCUUCAAAAAUAAUCACUUCUCUCUAAUGUAUCGAUUCAUGAUUACUCAAUUUGUGUUAGUAGCAGAAAGAUUGCUGAACUCACUCUCUGGUUAUCCCAGGCUUCCUCAACCUCGGCCCUCCAGAUGUUUUUGGCCUACAACUCCCAUGAUCCCUAGCUAGCAGGACCAGUGAUCAGGGAUGCUGGGAAUUGUCGUCUCAAAACAUCUGGAGGGCCGAGGUU